AUGGAAGAUACCAUAGGCAAGGGUUAUGUUGAAAAGGUUCCCGACAGCCAGAAGUUCAGAAGUGAUGGUAAAGUCUGGUUCAUCCCACAUCACGGUGUUUACCAAGUUCAGAAGCAGAAGAUGAGAGUGGUGUACGACUGCGCCGCAGAGUAUGGUGGUGUUUCCCUGAACCGACAGCUGUUACAAGGGCCAGACAUGACCAAUGGUCUCACAGGUGUGCUGAUGAGAUUCAGACAAGAACCAGUUGCCGUCAAAGCUGACAUUGAGGCAAUGUUCUACCAAGUGAGGGUGAGAUCGGAAGAUAGAGAUCUCCUAAGAUUCCUAUGGUGGCCAGGUGGAGAUCUGAGUCGUGAAUUAGAAGAGUAUAGAAUGACAGUGCACGUCUUUGGUGCAGCAUCGUCUCCCAGCUGUGCCAAUUAUGCACUACGUAGGACAGCUACAGACAACGAACAGCGCUAUCGCUCGGAAGUUACGAAUGCUGUCAGGAAGAAUUUCUACGUCGAUGACUUUUGCAAGUCAGUACCAGAUAAAGAAGAGGCCAAGGUCAUCUCGAGGGAAGUGACAGACCUGUUAGCUGAGGGUGGAUUCAGACUCACCAAGUGGGUCAGCAAUCAGCGAGAAGUCUUACGGUCGAUUCCUAGGGAAGAAUGGUCUAAGGAGGUAAAAGGCCUGCAGAUUGAUCAAGAUGUUCUUCCACCAGAUAAAACUCUCGGAGUCUUGUGGUGUAUGGAGAGCGACACCUUCGGCUUCGAGAUCAAUGUGAAAGAUCGUGAACCCACACGUCGUGGUAUACUAUCCAUUGUGAGUUCAGUUUAUGAUCCGUUGGGAAUGGUCAGUGCUGCCAUUAUGCCUGCCAAGUUGCUGCUUCAGGAUCUAUGCAGAUUGAAGUUGAACUGGGAUGAGAAGAUUCCUCAAGAACACCUGCACAAAUGGAACCUUUGGCUGAUGGACCUACCCAAACUAGAAUGCAUCUCAGUAGAUAGAUGCUUCAAGCCUGAAGGCUUUCAGGAUCCUGUUAGUGUGCAGAUCCAUCACUUUGCCGAUGCCAGUGAGAAAGGGUAUGGCGUCGUCAGCUACCUGAGACUACAGAACAGAUAUGGAGAUGUUCAUUGCUCCUUUGUUACAUCCAAAUCAAGAGUGACCCCGUUGAAGCAGCAAUCCAUACCCAGACUUGAACUUACAGCAGCCACUGUAGCAGUGAGAGUACACAACUCGAUAGUUAGAGAGCUGGAGAUCCCUGUUGACCAGACUUUCUUCUGGACAGACAGUAUGACCGUCAUCAAGUAUAUCUGCAAUGAGACGACAAGGUUCAAGUCUUUCGUGGCUAAUCGACUUACAGUGAUAAGGGACAGUUCUCAUCCAUGUCAGUGUAAGUAUGUGAGAUCAGAACAGAAUCCAGCAGACGACUGUUCAAGGGGACUUCCCAUCGACAAGUUCAUUGCCAAUAGGAGAUGGUUCCGAGGACCAGAGUUUCUCUGGCAUGCAGAAGCAGAUUGGCCUUCAACUUGCGUGACCGAGGAGCCAGAAGUAGAUCGGGACCCAGAAGUAAAGCGUGUCAUGGCGGCGGUUCCGAUUGAAAAUCUGCUGAGUCGGUCAAAUGCAGUUAAGAAGCUGAUAGAAUACUACUCAGAUUGGAAUCGUCUGAGGAGAGCUGCAGCAUGGUGGCUACGGUUAAAGAGAAUCCUGAGAAAGAGAAGCAAAGAAGAAUUCAAACAUGACGCUGUGAACAACCUCACAGUGGAAGAAAUAGAAGAAGCUGAAGUGAGUAUCUUGAGAUGGGUUCAACAUGAGGCAUUUCCUCACCAGAUAAAGAGGCUUCAAGAAAUGAAUGAUGGCCCUCAAGAUCUCACAAGGGAAUCUCCAAAACAGCAGAAAGUGGAUAAGCUGUUAGACCAGUUAGACCCAGUGAUGCACAAGAGCUUGAUGAGGGUCGGCGGUAGGUUACAAGCCGCUCAACUCCCAGAGGAAGCCAAGCAUCAGAUAAUCCUGCCACAAAGGUGCCACGUGACAGACCUGAUUAUGCAACAUACACACCAAAAGAUUCACCACCAAGGCAGAAAUCAUGUACUUGCAGAGCUGCGCCGGAGAUAUUGGAUUUUGAAGGCAGGAGUGGUUUUGAAGAGUGUGUUGAAGAGGUGCGUGAUUUGCAAGAAAGUCCAAGCUAAAUUGGGUCAGCAGAAGAUGGCAAACUUACCCGCUAACAGGCUGCUAUCUGAGAAGCCAGCCUUCACUAGCACCGGAAUAGAUUACUUUGGCCCCUUCAAUAUCAAGCAGGGCCGCAACAUAAAGAAGCGGUAUGGAGUAGUAUUUACCUGCUCGACCAGCCGAGCAGUUCACAUUGAGAUUGCAGAGAGCCUAGACACAAGCUCGUGCAUAAAUGCAGUGAGACGCUUCAUUGCCAGAAGAGGAAAUAUAAAAGAGUUGAUUUCCGACAAUGGUACCAACCUCGUGGGUGCUCAUGCAGAGUUGAAAAAGGCGAUGAGCGAGUGGAAUCAUGAAACUCUCGAGAAAUUCACAACUGAUCGUGGUAUCACCUGGAAGUUCAACCCGCCAGCAGCUUCACACUUUGGCGGCAUCUGGGAACGCCAAAUCCGUACCAUUCGGAAGAUACUACAAGCCAUGUUGAAUGAGCAGCAUAUGAGAGUGUGUAGAGAUGAGGAACAGCUCAGGACCUUGAUGUGUGAAGUUGAGUACACAAUUAACAGUAGACCGUUAACCCAUGCGUCUGAUGAUCCUAAGGAUUUGAACGCCAUCACUCCCAAUGAUUUGCUCUUGCUGAGACCGAGCAGUCUAUACGUCGCACCACCUGGUGUUUUCUCAGAGAAAGAUCAGUAUGCGAAGAGGCGAUGGCGCCAAAUGCAGUAUUUGGCAGAUCUGUUCUGGAAGCGAUGGUCUAGAGAAUACCUGAUGGAUCUUCAACAGCGCCAAAAAUGGUUGUACCCUCAGAGGAACCUACACCCUGGUGAUGUGGUGUUAGUUGCUGACAAUCAAGCACCGCGCAGUUCGUGGCCCCUUGGAAUAGUGGAAAAAACCUUUCCUGACAAGAAUGGAUUGAUCAGGAGUGCUGAGGUAAAAACAAGAACGGCUCUUCUGGUGAGACCGGUCACGAAGCUUUGCCUUCUCCUUGAGCAAGAAACUUCAGUUCUGAAGGAUCACAAUGAGCCAUUGUGUAAUGCACAACAGUUAUAG